CCGCCCCUCUCGGCCGCUGCCACCGCCCAGCGGUUACCUGGGCAACGGCGCGGGGGCGCACGGGUCGGGAGGAGCUGCGCCGAAAGGCCUUGUGGGGGUUGGUGCUAACCCGGCUUCCCGACGCUCGUGGAAUCUUCUGGAGCCGUUUUCUCCACUCAGCAAGCCCGAGAUGCGGAAGUCUCCGGCUGGUGGGGCAUGGCUCAGGAGCAGUGCAAGUCCUAGGGUUCCCAAACCUGUGGGGGGCCGCCUCCGCCCGCGAGGGCGGGAAGGGCUCGGGUACAGUGAUCCAGCGGGAGCUGUGUGUGAACGGGGAAAGCUCUUGGAACAGUCUUGCCCCCCGCUCACCCUCCUAUGGGCACCUCUUUCUGGGAACCCGCUGAGCAAGAAAUGCUUGAGCCAGGAGUCGGAGCGGCGGCGGCGGGUCAUGCGGGACGCGGAUGCAGACGCAGGCGGAAGCACCAACUGCGGGGAUAGCCAGGGUGACCACAGCUGCCCCGGUGGCGCGGACACAGCGGCAGCUCCAGCCGGCGGAGCUCCCCCACCUCACGCCUCAGGUCCUGGCAGAGACGCCAAGUCUGUGGCCAGGGGGCCAGGAAUGCGGCCACACGUAUUCACCCUCAGCAUGCCUUUUCCGACCCCCUUAGAGGCGGAAAUUGCCCGUGGGUCCCUGGCUCCAGAUGCUGAGCCCCACCAAAGGGUGGUUGGGAAGAAUCUCGCAGUGAGCGGCAGGAUCUUGGCCGUCCGCUGGGAAGCUGAAGACUGUCGCCUGCUCCGAAUUUCCGUUAUCAACUUUCUCGACCAUCUUUCUCUGGUGGUGCAGACCAUGCAGCACUUUGGGCCCCCCGUUUCCCGCUAAGCCUGGUCUGGCAAAAUGGGGCGAGGUCUAACCUUGCGUCUCCUCCUAGGCAGUGCAUCCAUUCUUCCCUAGGGCAGGGAAUUCCCAUAGUUGCUACUUUCCUGGAAGGGCCUCAUGGUCGGCCUGUACUGGCCUUAGGAUACUCAGGGGCCCCUUGUUUUAUCUGGUUCUUAAAUGUUUGUUACCACAGAAAAUAAAACUGAGCUACUAUUACAAAAAAAAAAAUUUUUAUCAGCACAAAGUGGAAAGUAAAUCCUAACUAAAAUGCUGUUUUUUAUGUUUGUAUAAAUUUAAAUUUCUUGGAAUAUUUAGUUUUUAAUUAGGGCCAGAUUUUUAUUUAUUUAUUUAUUUUUUGAGUAGCACCAAUUUGUUCUAGUUCUUCUCUUACCUCUCUGACUAUAUACAAUUUCAGUCUUUAUGAACUCUCCUUCAUUCCUACCCCCACUCGCCACCCCUCAUUUUUUUUAAACUAAACUUUUUAUUUAAGAGUAGUUUUAGAUUUGCAGAAAAGUUGUCAGGGUAGUGCAGAGUUCCCAUUAUCCAGCAUUCCGUCUUCCCUAUUGUGAAAAUUUACAUUAAAAUGGUACAGUUCCCACAACUAAUUAAUCAACGUUAAUACAUUAUUAUUAACUAAAGUUCGUUCUUUA